AUGGAGCGCAUGGAGGCGUCGCAAGGGCGACUGAAGGAGAAGGAGCGUUUGACGGGCCGUGAGGCCAGCGUUUUUGGUUCGGUGUUGGGGCAAAGUAAAGCCAUGACCAGAGAGGCGUUGGAUGUGUCGCCACCGAGGCGUGUGUCACCCGGCGUAUCGCCAUCAACGUACUUUGGCGCAAGAGAGCCUGGAUAUGCUGGUGCAGCGACCAAUGUUGAGAUGGCGCAGGCGCCGCAACCAGUACUGCCUCAGCAUUACGUGCCACCACCCAUGUACCAGCCGGCGCCCCCACCACACAUGGCACCAGGAUUACAAUAUGACCGUGUGCCGGAUACGCGACAGAGGAAGCUGGGCAUCCGACCUUUUGAUGGCAAGGAAUUGUAUCAAGGUCUCGGAAGUGGGUUUUUAUCGUGGGGCAAGAGAUUUGCAAGGCAGAUCAUGUUCGCGGAGCGAGCAAGUGGUUUCCAGUGGAGUGAAGACGUCAAAGUAGACGUGCUAGGGCACCACUUGACCGGUAUGGCCGAGCGAUAUUACAACCAACAGGUCGAGGGGUGGUUUGAAGAACAGCCGACGCUAGAGCAUGCGAUGCAGCGUCUACUCCAUACGUUAGCGACCAAGAUAACUCCCGCACAAAGCAUGAAGAUUUUUACAGCUCCCAAGAGCUCCAAGCGAAGCUGGAAGGAGAAUUACCUGUAUUUGGUGGCGGUGAGUGAAGCGUGUGGAGGUGCCGACAACCUAGUUCAAGACUACAUCGUGCAUUACGCCGACCCCAGUAUGAGGGUGUCGAUGUUGGCGAGGCUAAACCUCACGCGCAUAGACUAUUUGCGGCAGGCGGAAGAGCUUGUGCACUUAGCGCAGUCGACCGAGAUAGAACUGCGCGGGAAGAAAUGA